UAAAUGGUUGGGGAUGAUUCUGUAUGACAUGUAUGAAUUGGAUAUAUAAAAAUAUGUUAAAGAUAUGUACGGUUAAUAAAUUUUGUUUUCUUCGUUCAUUUGAAAUAAAUUAAUGCCAAUAAUAUCAAAAGCCAUCGCAAACGACAUAGAACAGAAGAAUGGUCAACCGAAAAAGGCUAGUCUUAUUUUAGCAGACUUGUUUUUCUUUGUAUGUGUAUGAAAUAUAGUUUGAAGUAAACAAAAAAAGUUAAAUUAAUUUGAUAGGGCAACUAAUGAUUUAUCUGCAAGUUCUGUAAGUCUAUUUCAUUAUCUUCAUAUUUAGUUUCAUAGAUAAUCCAUUUUUAUCACAAUGUAUUUACAUCAAAUUUACAUUGUAGUUAAACGAUAAAAAUUGUAAUAUUAAAAAUAUUAUUUGAAUCAAAUUAUUUUAUACUGUUCUUAACUAAAUAUUUAUAUUUGUUGCGAUAUUAUUUUUGGCAGCCCUAUAUAUUGUUAUUAAUUUUGGACUCAAUUUUAUUAAUUCGUAUUUAAAUAUGAUGACUAAGUAUUGUAAAAUUUCAACCAAAAUGUAUUAAUAUACUUGUGAUGCCGUGACUCUUUUAGACAAACGAAAAACCGAAAUGUUAUUGUAUAGUUCAUAAUUUAAUUUGUAUGCGAGUCAAAUAUAAAUUAUAAGGCUAGACAUUUUUCUGCUGUUUUAAAAUUCAAAACUUGCGUGGACUUAUUAUUUUAUACUAAAUUUUAGGAAUAAAGAUUUAGUCUAGUAUUAGUACAGACUAGAGACAAGAAGAACAUAAAAAUAUACUAGUCACAGUUCAAGAACCAGACAGAAAUAACAGAUUAAAGAAUAGACCUAUAAAUGAUUCAAUAAUUUUCUAAAGUCAAUCGACCAAAGACCAUAUAUAUAUAUAAAUGCAAUGUACUAUUUUCCGUUAUUUUUCUCGUUGAUCAAACUUAAGAUCUUGUAUUUUAUUGGAAUAGUUUUAAACUAGAUCAUUAUAUCAUCAUUAUAUCAUUGAAUUUCCUCUGGUUGCUUAAGUAUAUUUUCAAUUUGAAAUAAAAAGUUUGGGUUUGAACAAUAGGUUGGGUGAACAAAAAAAAGGGUUUGAACAAUAGGUUGGUUGAACAAAAAAAAAAGAUUUGAACAAUAGGUUUAUUUAUAUUUUGUUUUAGUAACUGUUUAUGGUAAUAAACAAAACCUUUUAAGCAUCGACGAGUUAAAGAAGAUAAAGAGUCGUCUUGUUCUGCUAAGGACCAGUCUAGAAGCAUUAUUAUAUAAAAAUACUUACUCAAAUAAAAAAAUAUUUUAACUAAAUUAGAUAAAAGUAUAGUAUCCAUUUCUGUUGAUUUUAUAUGGUUCUUACUUCUUAGCUAGUAUAGUAGUAUGUAUGGUAAUUCUGUUUAAACAUAUUUUUGUUUAUAAACGGAAUUAUAUUGGAAACUAUAAAAAAUACGGCCGAAACGUAAUUUCUAAAAACGUUAAAUUUGUCACAAUGGAAAAUGAAAAUCUACCAUCUCUAGAUCUCGAUCCUUCAAUUAACGUUCUCAAUGGUAUUCCAAUUUCGAAGAUUUUAUGUAUCCAUUGUAAUACAUAUCUACCUGAGGAGAUAUCGAGAACGAAGUUAGAACCGCACGGAGUUUUUGUCUAUUCCUAGUUUUAUAGUUAGUCAAUAUAUAGACUAUAUAAGCUCUUAAUCAAAUUUACGAAGACAUAAGCAAGUUAAAUAAAUAAUUUAAAAGAAAUAUUCCAUUAGACUUCUUGAAAAUACUUAGAAAUUUAACACGAACAAUUACAAAAAAAAAGAAGCCGAAGUAUUAAUCUCAUAACGCACGCUUGCAGAAAUUUCCACACAAUAACCACCAAAUUUCUCAAAGAAAGAACAAAGUAUACUUUAGAUCUUUCAAACUCCUCCAGAAUAAACCGGUAUUCAAAACCACGUGCUCUAUAAAAAAAAUUAAUACUUGCUGGCCAAGUGCACAAGGCAACUCAAAACCUUAUAAAUAUGUCCCAUGCAAACUCACAAACAACUCAAAACACUCUUCAUCAAAACCAUUUUCCUCUGACUCUCUCUCCCAAUGGCUUCUAACGAUAAGCUUACUUCUUCCAGAGUAGCGAUCAUCGGUGCUGGUGUUAGCGGUUUAGCAGCCGCUAAGCACUUAGCCCAUCACAACCCGAUCGUUUUUGAAGCCUCGGAUUCGAUCGGAGGUGUUUGGAAUAGUUGCACUUACGAGACAACUAAAUUACAAUCGACUCGAGUCGAUUACGAGUUCUCUGACUUUCCAUGGCCCAACAGAGAUGACACUACUUUUCCAUCUUACGUUGAAAUAUUAGAUUACUUGGAAUCUUAUGCUAAGCAUUUUGAUCUCCUUAAGUUCAUGAAGUUUGGCUCUAAGGUCAUCGAGGUUAGGUACACAGGUGACGGCGGAACUCCACAGAUGGCUGACCUAGGUGCUUACAGCAACUCGUUUCCCGAAAAACCUGUAUGGGAAGUUGCUGUUCAAAAUGGAGACGCUGGAGAGAUUCAGUGGUAUGCAUUUGAGUUCGUGGUAGUGUGCACCGGAAAAUAUGGCGACGUACCAAGAAUACCGACGUUUCCAGAGAAGAAAGGGCCCGAGAUAUUCAAAGGGAAAGUGAUGCACUCUAUGGAUUACUGCAAAUUAGAGAAAGAAGAAGCUUAUCGUCUUCUCCGUGGCAAGAAAGUCGCGGUCAUUGGUUUCAAGAAAUCAGCCAUUGAUUUGGCUUUAGAGUCUGCUCUAGCAAAUCAAGGAGAAGGUGGACAAGCAUGCACAAUGGUGGUGAGAACGACACAUUGGGUGGUCCCGCAUUAUUGGGUGUGGGGUUUACCAUUCUUCUUGUUCUACUCUACCAGAGCUUCUCAGUUCCUCCAUGAUAGGCCUAACCAAAGCUUCCUUAAAACUUUCUUUUGCCUCCUAUUCUCUCUUCUGCGUGCGGUGGUUUCCAAAUUCAUCGAAUCAUAUGUUACGUGGAAGCUUCCUCUAGAGAAAUAUGGCCUUAAACCGGACCAUUCUUUUGAAGAAGACUACGCUUCUUGUCAAAUGGCCAUCAUGCCGGAGAAUUUCUUUGAGGAAGCGGAUAAAGGGAUGAUCCGGUUUAAGAAAACAUCAAAGUGGUGCUUUUAUGAUCAAGGGAUUGAGUUUGAGGAUGGGACUAUGCUAGAAGCUGAUGUAGUGAUACUUGCAACUGGUUAUGAUGGCAAGAAGAAGCUCAAAGCCAUCGUUCCUGAACCUUUUCGAAGUUGGCUUGAGUUUCCAUGCGGUGUUAUGCCUCUAUACAGGGGAACAAUCCAUCCAUUGAUACCAAACAUGGGUUUCGUGGGAUACGUUCAGAGCAACUCAAACCUACACACAUCAGAGCUACGUUCGCUAUGGUUAAGCCGACUCGUGGAUGGGAAAUUCAAAUUACCGAGCAAAGAGAAAAUGUUGGAUCAAUUUUCCAAGGAAAUGGACGUGAUGAGAAAAUCGAGCAGAUUCUAUAAACGUCAUUGCAUUUCUACUUUCAGCAUCCAACAUGCCGAUGAUUUGUGUAAUGACAUGGGACUCGAUCCUCGGCGUAAAUCCAACUUGUUCCUCGAAGCCUUUAGUCCUUAUGGUUCUCAAGAUUAUCGACUCAAUCAAAAAGAAACAAACUAAUUGAAUAUAGUACCAGUCGAAGGAAAAUAACGAGAUUACAUCGUGUAGAAUAAUAAAACAGUGUUGGUGAGUCGUUGAAUAAUCAUGUGUGUUCGACUACAUGAGCUUUUAUAAAAAUAAUUAUUAUACUUUUGUAGUGUUCCACAAAAAAGAAAAUUACACCCUUGUAAAUGUUUGAAUAUAUAAAGGCAUAUCAAUUUAGUGUUUGCUUCUCGUUACUUUACACCUUAAUCAAAAUCAUUUUCUUU